GUCCCUACCUUAUGCGUAUGUGAGUGUGCAUCGAGACCAGGUCGAGGCCAGCAUCAUUCGUUGCAAUCUUCUUUACAUUCUUUUUGUAUUUCCAGCCUUUCUUUCAUCUUCUGGCCGUUGAGGUCAUCCCGCUCACCUUGCUCCUCUUCCCUGUCUCUCCCCUGUCCUCCGCUUAUGUAGGCAUGAUGGUUUUAUCGUGGUUCACAGCAGCACUGGGGGCACUUGGCCUGUUGCUGUCUGCCGACCUAGUGUCCGCUAGAAUGCCUCCCUCCAGACUUGGCUCAAGCCCUGGCUUCAACGGCAUCGAAGUCUGCCCCGACCGCUGCAGCGAUUCUGGGCCGAACAUGGGAAACUGGUCUGUAUAUCCCAGCCUGCAGCAGAUUGGGAAAUGCAAGCAGACCAUGUUUUACGAGUUCUCCCUCUACGACCCUGUCGACGACAUGACGGCCAACCACCGCAUCCGCGCUUGCUCAUCCUUCGGUCCCGAUUUCUCCAGGAUGCCCGUAUCGACGGCGAGCAUUGCCUCUGCGGAGCCGGUCCAAGUACAAUUCGAGAUUGGAUGGUGGAAAGAGGGCUUCGGUCUGGCGGCAGCCGGUCUAAGAUCGCUGACCAAGCAGCUGCGCAAGUUCGUCGACGGCGGGCAUGGAGCCACGGACAGACCCUUCAUUAUAUUUGGCCAGUCUGGUCAGGCUGCCAUCGGUCUCUAUGUUGGCCAAGGUCUGCUGAACCAAGGCCUCAGCGUUUCCGCCCUGAGGCUCUUCCAGGACAACCUCGAGAACCUCAACGUCUCGACACCCAGCCUGGCCAUGCAGCUCUGCGGAUCGGACUACGACAGCACCCACACAUUUGGCAUCAUAGCUACAAGCAACGCAACGUUCGCCCCUAUCCAGGACGCUAUCAAGACCUGGGCCAACGGAACCUGCUUGUCCUUCUCUGCAUCGGUCAAGUUCGCCGGCCAGGCCAUGUUCACCACACCACUUCUGCAUAUGAACGCCACCGCCAAUACCAACUCGACCGUCCGUGCCAGGGCACUCCAUGGCCGUGCCGAGUGUAGGACGGUGCAGGUUGUGUCUGGUGACAGCUGUGCGGCGCUGGCUACGAGGUGUGGCAUUUCGGGCGCCGACUUUACCAAGUACAACCCCGGGUCUACCUUCUGUUCCACCCUGAGGCCCGGGCAGCACGUCUGCUGCUCCAGCGGGGACCUUCCGGACUUCAGACCGCAGCCUAACGAGGACGGCUCGUGCUACUCGUACCAGGUCAAGGCGAACGAUAAUUGUGCCGACCUGGCCGCUGCAUACAGUCUCACCCUCGACGACAUCGAGGAAUUCAACAAGAAGACGUGGGGCUGGGGCGGUUGUAAGCUCCUGUACCUUGGCACUAUCAUGUGCCUGAGCAAAGGCACUCCGCCUUUCCCUGCCCCAAUCCCCAACGCUCAGUGCGGUCCGCAGAAGCUCGGCUCUAAGCCGCCAACGGACGGCUCGGACAUCUCCAAGCUCAACCCCUGCCCGCUCAAUGCCUGCUGCAAUAUUUGGGGUCAGUGUGGUAUAACCAAGGACUUCUGCAUCGACACCAACACCGGCCCCCCGGGAACGGCUAAGCCCGGAACAUACGGCUGUAUCUCCAACUGCGGUCUCGACAUUGUCAUUGGAACCGGCAAGGGCACCACCAAGAUUGGCUACUUUGAGGGUUAUGGCCUGAACCGAGACUGUCUCUUCCAAGAUGCCUCCCAGAUCGACACGUCGCAGUACACACAUAUCCACUUCGGCUUCGGUACCCUGACAUCCUCGUACGAGGUCGAAGUUGGCGAUGUGUUAUCAACGUACCAGUUUGGAGAGUUCAAGCGCAUCAAGGGUGCCAAGAGGAUCCUGUCCUUCGGCGGCUGGGACUUCUCGACAAGCCAAGCGACCUACCACAUUUUCCGCGAGGGCGUCACGGCCGCCAACCGUCUCAAGCUGGCUACCAAUAUCGCCAACUUCGUGAAGAAGCACGAUCUUGAUGGUGUGGACAUCGACUGGGAGUAUCCGGGCGCACCCGAUAUUCCUAAUAUCCCAAAGGGAAGCGAGAGCGACGGCCCCAACUACCUGGCCUUCCUUGUUAUCCUCAAGAACCUGCUGCCGGGGAAGUCCGUCUCGAUCGCGGCGCCGGCCUCGUACUGGUACUUGAAGCAGUUCCCAAUCAAAGAGAUUGCCCGGGUCGUAGACUACAUCGUGUACAUGACAUACGACCUUCACGGCCAGUGGGAUGCCACCGGCAACGAGCACUCGCAGGAGGGAUGUGCUGCAGGGAACUGCCUGCGCAGCCAAGUCAACCUGACAGAGACCGCGCUGGCGUUGGCCAUGAUCACCAAGGCGGGCGUCCCAGGGCACAAGAUCAUGGUUGGUGUGACCAGCUACGGGCGAUCCUUCAAGAUGGCGCAGGCGGGCUGCUGGGGCCCUGACUGCUUGUUCACAGGCGAUCGCUUCAAUUCGAACGCAAAACCGGGAAGGUGCACUGGCACGGCCGGGUACCUUGCCGACGCCGAGAUUGCCGAAAUCCUGAACGAUCAGAAACGAUCAGGCCGGGUAGUCAGGAGCUUUGUCGACACGAGCAGCAACAGCGACAUUCUCGUCUACGACGACACCGAGUGGGUUAGCUAUAUGAGCAGCAGCACCAAGAAGCUCCGUGCGACCCUCUACGCCAUCUGGGGCAUGGGAGGUACCACGGACUGGGCCGUCGAUCUGCAGACAUUCCACGACCCGCCAGUGCCGGCGAAGGACUGGAACACAUUCAAGCACGUAAUCCGCGCAGGGGGUGACCCCAAAACGGAUGACUCGCGGAACGGCAACUGGACCGAUCUGGACUGCCAGGCCGACGCGAUUGUGCACAAGUUCGACUACACGCCCUCUGAGCGGUGGAGGGCGCUGAAUGCAGACGCUGCAUGGAACGACGUUGUCAGGAUCUGGAAAAACACGGACCGACGACGGAAUCUUCACUUCAUGGAGUCUGUCUCACAAACGCUCCGCAUGGGAGCCGAGGCCAACUGCGGAACUUUCGUAAGGGAAGACGACAACUGCGACCAACCGUUGGAAUGCCCGGCGGGCGCCAACGCCGUAGAGUCUGGCAGAAAGCCUUCGGGCCCUGCGGCACAGCUGAUUUGGAACUCGCUGAUCACGAUACACCAGAUGCAUCACGACUACUACGACAAGCUCUUCCAGGUUGCUUCGGUCAUUGGAACUGCGCUCGACGAUAUGGAGAACACGUUCGCGCCAGUUAUCGAGCCAGACGACAACACGUGGGAAAAGAUCCUCAUAGACAUCAUCACCGCGGGAGUUCUCAUGGGCGCCGGAAUGUUCUUCAACCGUGUUCUUGGGUCCAUGUCCCAUUUCGCCGGAAAACCUGCAAAACUUUCCGACCUCAAGGAUGCCACAUUGGUCAUGGUCGCGACAACCGCGAGUAUCACCAAGGAGCUGUUGCCUAGCAAGCAAGGUCCCUGGAAGCCGGAGGAUCAGGAUGUCUUUUCUCACUACAUUGGCCAGGUCAUCGACGGCUGGGCCAACAUCACCUCGCUCGCCGUCGGGAGACUGUUUAACGCCACAGAUGAGUCCCUCGACAUCCUCUAUAACGCCAUGUCGGACGGCAAGCUCACCGAGGGCAAGCGAGAGGGCCCGCUUCCGGAUCAGAGCGAGGAGGAUAACGUGAUACGGAUCAACCUCCAAAAGACGAUUUUCGGCUACACCAUCCCGCAGGCCUGGCGCGUGUCCAAUCACUACGCCUUUGUGGUGGACUCGGGUUUCGGCUGCGUUGGGGACGAGCCACCCGAGGACAAGCCACUUGACGACUAUCUCUGGGACGACACGAUGGACGCCACAUGGGGGUGCGUCGACGACAAGUUGUACUACCUGGUGCAACCGGAGGGCGAUUCCCGGAGGUGCGUGUGCCAGGAGUAUAACAGCGACGGUUCAUGCGAGCGGCUGAACUGCAACAAAGAGAACAAGUUCUCUACACCGCGCGGCAUCGAUAGGUUGGAAGACUUUGGACGUGUCACCAGAAAGGACCUGAUCACGGGCUCAGUGCGCACGUGGAUAGCAAACGGCAAGACAAACGGCGGAGGGUUCCCCGACACGAGUGACCGGGGCGUCGCGGAGGCGCUGCUCGAGAUGGACAUCACCACGCCCGGGUUCGUGCGGCUCCCCGUCUGUAGCCCCGAGCGCGCGUUCCAGUCGUGGGACACAUCGGCCAAAGGCUCGAGCCCCAACUACCCGUGCGACAUUCCGCCGGGAAGAGACCACUGCGGAGCCUCAACGUUCGAAAACCGGGGCAGCGAAGCGUCGCCAACCGUGGCGGACUGCCUGCAGAUCAUCAAGAAUAUUGAAGGGGACGGAGGUACCCAGUGGACUAUAGCAUCUGGCGCCGAACACAGGGAAAUUGCUAAGGCAGGGGAGUGCAGUUUUGGAGUUAGACCUAUCGGGAAUAAGCUGAGCGGCAAUGUUGAAUUCUACGUUGGUGGGCAGGAUGUCAUUGACAUCAUCAAUGAAGCCGUCAAGCAGUUUGGAGGUGGCGGCAGGGUCGGCGCGAGAGGUUAUAUGACGUGCAACGGAAAUAUCAAGGGGCAAGAUGUUGAGUGGGGGAUCUAUUAGACUUUUAAUUGUAGAUAGAUGCGCCACUGCAAGGAAUUGAAUACAGGUUCUCAG